CGUCUGGGCGGGGCCGCGCGGCUGCCCCCGGGUGCGUGAGGCGUGUUGGAGGUAAUAAAGUGCGAGGCGCUUCCUAAGGGUAAAAAGGCCGCGUCUGCAGUCCUGCAGGUGUUUGGGGAGAGCUGUGGUUGAUCCCCGAGAGCAGCACAAACCGGCCUUCGCCGCUUCAGCUACCACUCGCAGCUACCCUGCGGCUCCGGCAUGUUCCCGUGUCGGAGGUUGACCACGAGGGCAGAUCAGUUCCGAGGCUGUCACGGUGUGGCAUGCCGAGCCGGUCCCCCGUGCCCCUAGUCUGGCUUUUCUGCACGGGUUGCGGUCAGCCGAGAGAGCGCUGGCGGCUUCAGUUAAUCUGUAAACGCAGAAAUGCAUACUAAAGAAGGAAUCGUGUGGCUCCCCUGACGCGUACAGAUUCCUGCAGGAAUUUGCAAGCAUGCGCAGGCAUAAUCUUGACCCAGCUUUUUAUUUCAGUAAGAAGUGUGGAGCAACACAUCAGCACUCUUUUCAUCUCUGUCAGCAUCCAGUCUUUGUGGGUGAUGAUUCAGCCAUCGGACUAAUCUCAGAUGAGAUACGCGUUUGCUAGAAAGAGACUGCUGUCUUAAAUCUUAGGUUUGGAAGUUACAGUACAGAGCAUGAUCUCCUUCAUAUGGCUAGAAUUGCACAGAGGGACAGAAAUCUGUUUCUAUGAAAUAACAUGCAGAUCAAGGCUUUAGAGAGGGGGGAAAUCACUAGACCUGCUGAUAUCAAUGGAGACUAGACAAGAAUUAAACUCUAGGUCCUCAAUAGCUUCUGGAUGGUUAUAAUCAGGACAAUAAUACCAAUAGAAAGGGUAAUGCUGCAGGUGAGGUGUAACUAGAUGAAACAGACAGCGUGUGACGAGAGAUGAAUUGAGAAGACAGGAAAACUGGAAGAAAACUGAUGAAGGGAGGCUGAUGCAGGAAGAGGCUGAAGAACAAUGGCCUCCUUCAGCAACCUGACUAUUGGCAUUGCUCUUGCCAGUUUUACUGUAUUUCAGCUGCUGUUCCAUGUUUUAAGUUCUUGGGUGUCAACACGAAUAACACCUGGUUUUAACAAUCUCAGCCAAAAAAGGAAGAUCGAAUGGAAUUCAAGGACAGUGUCCACAUUCCACGCCUUGGUGGUUGGUGGGUUUUGCCUAUAUAUUUUGUUGUAUGAUGACGCUGUUAAUGCUGACCAUCUCUGGGGUGACCCUUCAAUUGUGAAACUGAAUAUUGCUAUUACUACAGGCUACCUCAUUUCUGAUUUGUUGCUUAUUAUUUACUACUGGAAGGCAAUUGGUGACAAAUUUUUUGUAAUACAUCACUUGGCAGCUCUGUAUGCUUACUAUUUUGUACUGAGCAAAGGUCUGUUGGCUUAUUUUGGAAACUUCCGUCUGCUUGCAGAGUUCUCCACUCCUUUUGUCAAUCAGCGGUGGUUUUUUGAAGUACUGGGAUAUCCCAAAUCUUCAAAGGCCAACAUCAUCAAUGGUGUGCUGAUGACAGUUGUGUUCUUCGUGGUGAGGAUUGCCGUCAUGCCUAUAUAUUACAGCCAUGUAAUUUCUUCAUUUGGAACAGAGGCUUUCCAGAGAUUAGGAUUUGCAGCCCAGAGCGCCUGGAUGAUCUCAAGUGUUGUCUUGGAUGUUAUGAACGUGAUGUGGAUGGUCAAAAUUGCAAAAGGAUGCUACAAAGUAAUUUGUCUUAUCGGACAGGAGGAAGCCAAAACUCAUAGAAAUGGAAAAUCUGACUAGAAAUCAUAUACAUAAAAUGAAAUUUCUGCUAUGAAAAUAAUUUUGGUUCACUGAAACAGUGUACAUUUCUGCCAUGGAAUGCUCCUCUUAAGGAAACAAGGUAUUACCUCUGUACUGACCUUACUCUUUCCCUAUCCACACUGCCUGCACGCCCAGGGCCACGCUUUUCGGAUCCUGUCUGGUGAGGAAUAAAAGCAAACGCUCACACAAAUGAGUUCCACGUGUCUGUUCUAAGCAGUUACAAGCUACUGAAUUUAGAAUGGAGCAGACUGGUUACUUGCUUGUUGUCCACCAGUGUGUUCGAAGUGUUUCACUCAGGUUUCUCAGAUUAAUGUGUUUUAUAAAUCCAGUGAAUACUGACAUCUCUCUUUUUUUAGAAAACAAAACAAAAAAAUCCCCAAACUCCUGAUAUGGUGCAAUUUUCCUGGCACGUUUCUAUGUUUUCUUCUAGGAAUAACAAUCAAGAUUUCAUUCUUGACAACUUUUUAAUUUUUGCAAGAAAAGCUAAAAAUUUAGCUUUGAUUCGGUGAAGUCUUUUACUGUUUUUUGUUCUGCCUUAUAUGAAUGCAAACCAUUUUGGGAAAUUUAUGAAAUAAUUUUAUCUAAAAUGCUGUAUUAUAAGACUACAGAAUAUCUUAAAAAUUGUUAAAAUUCUCUGAUUUUAAUGGGAAGGAUUCACUUUUGCUGUGUUAGAUUACAUGCAAUAGUACAUCUUCUAAAUUGCCCAUGGAAUUUUUUUUAUAAACUAGUAUGGUAAAUGAUGUGUGGAAACAGCAUAAUUCUUACUGGAGUGCUUUUUCCUUUGCUGCUACUACCUUUGAGAAGUGCUGCAACUCUCCUGAGAGUAUUUUUAACCAUUGGCUAUUUGGAUGCGAAGUUUAACUGUAAAGAGAUAAAAUUCUUCUGUAUAUGUGUUGUGUAACUUACAGUAAUACUCUUUUUUCUUUUAUCACAGAAAUGACCCAUUUGAUAUGAAGUGUUGAGGUUUUUUGUCACUUUUUCCUUGUUAAUCACAUCAGAAAUCUGAGGUGUUGACUAAAAACAUUCUUGAAUUAACUGUGCCAAACUUCUGUAAAGCUGUACAGUAAUUCUGUAGAAUGACAGUUCGCUUCUGUAGGCACAACGUUUUAUUUUUUUUAAACCAUGUAUUUGUCAAUAGGUACCCUGUUCCUUCUUCUGCAAACUUAAAGGUUUGGAGGUCAUCAGAGAUGAAUCUUACCAUCUAGGAAUAGCCUAGAAUGUAAUUUAUAAUACAAUUUGAGGAAAUUCUGCGUUUUGUUUUAUUUUUAAAUGAUUUUGAGAGCUGUA